CGCGACUCGACGAUGGGAAGUGACGUCAUAACCAAGGGACAGAAGAGAGCCGAGUUGUUUGGGAAAUUCUUCGCAAAAUUGAGACAGAGAGAAACCUGAGCAGAGGAAAUUAAAGGAAAUGGCCACACAGAGGGUGCUCCCACAAAGUAAAGAGACUCUUCUACAGAGCUACAACAAGAGGCUGAAAGAUGACAUUAGAUCCAUACUGGACAACUUCACUGAGAUUAUCAAGACUGCCAAGGUAGAAGAUGAAACGCAGGUCUCAAGAGCAACACAAGCCGAACAGGACCACUAUGAAAUGCACGUCAGAGCUGCCAACAUUGUGCGAGCUGGUGAGUCCCUGAUGAAACUGGUGUCAGACCUGAAGCAGUUCCUGAUUCUGAACGAUUUCCCAUCUGUAAAUGAGGCCAUCAGUCUGCGCAACCAGCAGCUGCGUGCCCUACAGGAGGAAUGCGACAAGAAGCUAAUCUCCCUGCGCGAUGAGAUCGCUGUUGACCUGUACGAGCUUGAGGAAGAGUAUUACUCCUCCAGGUACAAAUAGAUCAUCCAGAGACCCUGCAGUCCUGCAGUCGAGAAUCAUAUGCAUACUCUCUUAUACGCACAUACCCAAUAACACACACCUUUGUGCCUUAGACCACAACCUGUGUGAGUGUCCAUGUUCAUGAAUUGAGACAUUCACAAACUGUAGUGCCUUUAAAAUGAAACAAAAAUAUAUAAAGGGUUCAAAUUUUAUUAUAGCUUUUAUUAUUAUUAUUAUUAUUAUUAUUAUUAUUAUACAGUAUUUUAAUAGUAGGAUAGUCAAAAGGACUAAAAAGGAAAUCUUAAAACCACCAAAAGAUUUUGCCAAAGUAAAAAAUUAUGUGAGAGUGGGCUUGGAUAAUGAAAAUACAGUAAGUGUGCUACUACUGAAAAUCAAAUCAAAUAAACGUACAUACAGUACACAACAUAUCUAACAAUAAGUUAAGUAAGGAUACUAGAAAAUGUGAAAUUUAAUAGUAUUCUCUCAGCAAUAAGCCUUGCUUUUUUUUAAGGUUAUGUAAUGAUGGUGUUGGCUCGAGGAGUUGGUUGCAAACACUAGUAGCUUAACCUUAUGUCUAAUUCCAGUUAGAGGUACAGUGCUGUGAAAAAACGUAUUUGCCCCUUCCUGAUUUAAAAAAUUUUUUUUUUUGCAUGUCAUGCCUAAAUGAUUCAGGUCAUUAAAAAAUAUAUAUAUUAUUACCCACAGAUAACUCGAGUAAAUACAAAAUGCAGUUUUUUAAAAGAUGGUUUUAUUUAUUAAAGGGGAAAAAGCUGUACUAACCUGCCUGAUCCUAUUUGAAAAAGUAAUAACUGGUUGUGCCACCCUUUGCAGCAACAACUGCAAUCAAGCAUUUGCAAUAACUGACAAUGAGUCUAUCAAUGAGUCUAUCAGGAAUUUUGGCCCACUUUUUGAUUGCAGAAUUGUUUUGAUUUGCCUCAAUUGAAGGGUUUAUCAGCAGAAAGAGUCUGUUUAGAGAUCUCAAUUGGAUUUUAGUCCGGACUUUGAUUAUUCCACUCCAAAACAGAGGUGGACUUGCUGGUGUGUUUUAAAUCAUUGUUCUGCUGAAUAACCCAAAUGCAGCAGGACAGUGAUUGACCUUUCAAACAGAUGGCCAGACAUUCUCAUCCCAAAUUCCGGCGGAGUGCACCAAUUAUGGCAAGAUUUCCAGGUCCUAAAGGUGCAAAGCAGCCCCAGAUCAUUACACUACCACCACCAUGUUUGACUGUUGGUAUGAUGUUAUUUUUAUGAAAUGCUGUAUUAGUUUUAUGCCUUAUAAUUAAGUUUUUUUUUGGCAAAUGUUAGACAAGCCUUUGGGUUCCUUUUUUUUGCUCAGCAAUGGCUUUCUACUUGAAACUCUCCCAUGUAGGCCAUUUUUGCCCAGUCUCUUUUAUUUUCAUGACCAAUGACUUUAACUGAGGCAAGUGAGGCCCGCAGAUUUUUAGAUGUUGUUUUGGGUUCUUUUAAAAUAUCCUGGAUGAGUCGUAAUUGUGCUCUUGAAGUUAUUGUGGUAGGCCGGCCACUCCUGGGAGGGUUCACCACUGUUCAAGGUUUUCUCCAUUUGUGAAUAAUAGCUCUCUAUAGAUAAAAUGUGGUUUCCAGGAGUCCUAAACCCUUAAGAAUGGUAACCCAUUAGUUUCUUGGUAACCCAUUAGUUUUUUUAUCCUUUGGUUCUUUAGAUACUUUUUCACAGCUCUAAAGGAUCCUACGAAUAAAUGUAAAAUAUUAGGCUUAGGGGCACAGUCAGGUCCAUAAGUAUUUGGACAGUGACGAUUUUUUAUGUUGCUUCUCUGUAUACCACCACAUAUAUUGUAGACUGUAUUUAUAUCUAUUAGUGUAUAUUGAAUAUGUGAUAAGUCACAGUGUAACAAGCAGCUAAACUUACUGAUCAGACCUGUAUAAAACUGGCCUUAAAUGGUUAAUGAGCAUGGUAGAUUGACCUACUGACCAUUUUAUACUGUCUCAAAGAUUAUAAUCCUUGUCACUAAAAGUUCCUUAACAUAGUGGCUACAAGUAUUUUAAAAUGCCAGUUGUGGCCUAUUUGUCUAAUAAUUUGUUUCGACAAAUGUCAUUUUACACUGCUAGAGCAUUUCAUAUUGGGUGUACAUAGACUAGGGCCAGUGUUACUGCAGGCUUUUAUUCCAACCAAAUACAAAGCACUUGAUUAAAGUUAGAAUGGAGGUCUGCACCCAAGUCGGCGAGAUAAGAUUGGAGACCUGUACUAUAAACAAAGAGCUAGUUUGUGUUGCUUGCUUAUGCUUGAUUAGUUUGCUUUGCUUAAAAAUUCAAUGAAUUUUUAAACAAAGCCAGUUUGUACAAGUUUCAGCCAAGGUCAUAGUCAUGCACUGAAAAAAUUGUAAUAAAACAAUUACUUAUUUUUAUACUUUGUAGACAUAUAGUAAGAACAACAAUGAAACUUCUAAAGAUUAAAGUUAUCUUGGGCUUUUAAGCUGGGAAUUAGCUACUUUUUAAUACUUUUAUUAGUUCUGUUUCAGCAUUUUUGGUUCAGUCCGCUGGAAUAAUUCCAGGUCUACCACAAUCCACCAAGUGAUGACUCCCGAGUUAAGGUGUACAGAAAUGAAAGAAAGUUAGGAUGUUGCAGAGAUUAGGUUGGAAAUUAUCUACCCCUUUCGCUGGGUGCUUGUGUGUUGAUUUUUAUUUAUGCAGUGCAAAUAUGUUUUUCAUUUUCUUUUUAGAAGUAUAAAAUAAUUGUUAGACAUUCACCACUUAUAUAAUCAAAUCACUCUAUUCCAGUAUUUCCAGUAGUAUAGCACCCAAUGCAAUUAUUUUGAUAAUUAGUUUUGUUUAUGUGAAAUAAAAAUUAAGUUUAGUUCAGCUUUAAUAAUAAAGCUAAAGGAUACUGAGCUGCUGGUGCCUAAUUGUAAACGGUGCUCAUGCUUUAACUUUCCAGAGAAUGUGCAGCUCAGAAUGAGUCUAUGUUGUGUUAUGUUUUUUCUCCAGUCAUUAGGUUUUUAUAUUCUAUGCUGUUGAAUUGGUUGAACAGAUGUUGUAAUGCACUAAAGUAGGUAUUUAUGUAGAAUCUGUACUUCUAAAACAAGGAGCACUCUGAUAACUUUCGUAAUGUUUCUUGUAAUUUUAUGGCUUUGGAAUUCUUUUAUUGUAUAGAAUUCAAAGAGAUUCUAAUUGUCCUGUAAAAAUGUUAAUCAAAAGUUGUUUGAUUCCAUAUAAAUACAUUUUUAGCUUGCACUGGUAACAUCUAUACUGUUAACACUUAUUUUUAAAGCUAAAGAGUUAUGCCUUUAACUAGAAACCUCUGUCUUAAAUAAUGUAAGAGAUCAGCUCUGGAUAAAUAAGGUUACUGUACAGAAUUGUGUAAUGUUAACAUUUCCCCCCCUGUAUAGGGCCUGAUUGGCCAUUUUAAAUAUUAUAAAUAAAUCGGAAAGGAAAGAGAGCAA